AUGCUCUUCCAAACUGUCCUUAUCCCAGCCACCCUCAUUGCCGUCAACUCCGACCAGAUUCUUGCCAGAAACUUUGCCAACAACUAUGACAACACUCCUGCAACCAGAUUUGAACGACAUGCAUCUCAACGGCAGUUCUUGUCUAACUGCUACAACGCUGGAACCAGUCUUCUGAACUCGAUGCAGACGACUGAGACCACGCAACACGUGCAACAGGAACAUCAAGCUCAAUUCACUUCUAUGUUCCAAUGGUUCGAACAAAGAGAAAGUGUUGCUGCCCCAGUUCCUGUUGCUGUCUCUACUAUCGCCCCUGCUACUAAUCUACGAUCUCAUCCUACCCAAAGCGACCUCGUCCAACGCUUUGCUUCCAUCUUCUCUCCGCUUUCCAUGGCCACAAGCGUUGCAGCGUGUGAGCCAGUGAAGCCCAUGAAGGCCCCAGAAUCAACCUGGGGUCGAUGGUUCAACUAA